AAAAACGACAAAAACCGAAAAUCCCCAAACAUUCCUCAGAAUUUGAAAUGCCACUCACAUUCCACCUUGGUUCUCUCAUACUACUUGCCUCUCUAUUUCUAUGGACGGUGUCACCUUUUCCCAUUCAACAACAACAACAACAACCAUGUGAUUACUCUCAAGGCAACUGGAUCAUUGAUCAUUCUACUCUCUAUGAUCCUUCCAAAGAUUGCCCUUUCAUUGGUCAAGGAUUUGAUUGCCUCAAAAAUGGCAGAACUGACAAGGAUUACCUCAACUAUAGAUGGAAACCCUCUUCUUGUAACCUUCCAAGGUUUGAUGGUGGGAAGUUUUUGGAAAUAUACAAAGGAAAGAAGAUAUUGUUUGUGGGAGAUUCCAUUAGCAACAACAUGUGGCAAUCAUUAACUUGUUUGCUUCACAUUGCAAUCCCAAACUCUAAUUAUACCUUAACACAACAAACUAAAGAACUCACUGUGUUCUCAUUUCCGGAAUAUGAAGCUUCAAUCAUGUGGUUGAAAAAUGGGUUCUUAGUGGAUUUGGUUCAUGAUAAAGAAAAAGGAAGAAUUUUGAGGUUGGACACAAUUAGCACUGGGAACCAAUGGAAGGGUUUUGAUGUUUUGAUUUUUAAUACCUAUCAUUGGUGGACUCAUAUUGGAAAAUCUCAAACAUGGGAUUACUUUCAAGUUGGGAAUGAGUUAAUUAAGGAGAUGGAUCAUUUGGAAGCAUUUAAGAUUGGAUUAAGCACUUGGGCCAAAUGGGUUGAUUCCAACAUUGAUCCCUCAAAGACUAGAGUUUUGUUUCAGGGAAUUGCUGCUUCUCAUGUUGACGUAAAGGGGUGCUUGAGACAAACAAAACCGGAUGAAGGACCAAUGCCACCUUAUCCUGGUGUAGACAUUGUAAAGAACAUUAUAAGUAAAAUGGAGAAGCCGGUAGAGCUGUUGGACAUCACUUUGCUGACACAGUUAAGGAGGGAUGGUCACCCGUCUAUCUACACAGGUCGCGGCGAAAGCUAUGUGGACUGCAGUCACUGGUGUCUGGCCGGUGUUCCUGAUACUUGGAAUGAAAUGUUGUAUGCUGCUCUUCUUGAAACUAGUAUUUGAUUUCAUUAGAUGUUUUUUUUUUGGUUUAGUAAACUAAUGGUCGAUCGGAAUUUCACUUCUUAAAAAAUGAAUAAGUAGGAUUUUGCAGGAUAAAAAUCUUUUUAAAUUUUACUAAAUUCUUGAGUUUGAAUUUAAUUGUAGUAUUUCUUUUGAGAGCUAAUUAAAUCUUUUUCUUUUAAUUUUGAAGAUA